CUAAAAAUAAGAAGCCAGGCUUUAAACGUACUGUUGUAAGACACUCUGCCUAUAGCCAACAUUGAAGCCUGAAGAGAGUAGACACAAACUAGUAGACAGCAUUGGCAAAGGUCUCUUGACAUCUUGAGACACUUAUUAGAAAAGGUCACCUUCAUUAGAGCAAUCUUCACAUUGAACUAAGCACAUCAACUCAAAUGGCAUCAUAAAAGGAGGAGGUGGACAGCCCAAGAGAAAGCAUUCGUUCUCUGAAAGCCGGAGUAUAGACCUCCAUCAUACAAUGGCUACAAUGGCUGCUGUGACUGCAGUGAUAAAUCACUCUACAAGAGCAGACAACAUAUACUCAAACUGUAAUAACACCCAGAACUUGCUGAAGGUUCUGCCUCCAGUUCUGAUCAUAGAGAUGCUAGUGGGCCUGCCUGGCAAUCUGAUAGCUUUGUGGAUCUUCAGUUGCCGUCUGAAGGUCUGGAGGCCCAAUACACUGUUCCUGUUCAACCUGGUCCUGGCAGACUUCCUGCUUCUCAUCAGUGUGCCUUUCCGCAUCGACAACCAUUUCCGUGAGGAAAACUGGGUCUUUGGUGACACCUGGUGUCGCGUCAACCUCUUCAUGCUAGCAGUCAACCGCUCAAGUAGCAUCGCCUUCAUGACGGCCGUAGCGAUGGAUCGCUACUUUAAGGUGGUUCACCCACACCACCGCAUCAACCGUAUGACAUCCACUCAGGCAAAGUGGGUGGCGGUGGGGAUCUGGAUGGUUGUGAUCUCCCUCAGAAUCCCACUGCUGGCCACUAAACUACUCCAGAAGCACAAAGACAAGUUCCUGUGUCGGAGCUUCAACCCCCCCAAUGCUCCUCCAUCGAUCAUGCUGCACUACAUAGUGUUCAUGGGGGAGUUCUUCUUCCCCUUGCUGCUCCUGCUCUUCUGCUCGGCCAGGAUUGCCUGCAUCCUCCGCCAACGCCAGAUGAACCGGAAGAAGAAGGUGCGAAGGGCCGUGCGCGUUGUGCUCGUGAUAGUACUCGUAUUUGUCAUCUGCUUCUUUCCGGGAUUCGCCACAGGCCUAGCGGCGAUGGCUUUAAAGAAGGUCGGUGCUGACUGUGCGGCCAACCACAUGGCUGCUCAGGUUUUUAUGCUGUCUAUUGGGUUCACCUACAUGAACAGUGCCCUGGACCCUAUCAUUUACUGCUUCUCAAGCUCCAUGUUCCGCAACAGCCUGAAGAGCUCCAUCAAUUGCCUGGGCCUGGUGGAUAUGAGGCUGAGCCGCAGAGGCAACGUGACCAGCGGUGGGUGAGGGGAAUGUAGGAGGAAGGAAUUUAUUUCAUUGAAAUGAAUCCACAUUCCUUUCAGAAAGAAGAUAUUGAAAAGUGCCUUUUUUCACAAUGUUUUAUACUUUUCUUGAUAUUAUGAUAAUAUAACUUUUUAUGUUUUAUUUUAUGGAUUAAUAUCUGUAAUAGUUUAAGUUGUUUUAGAUUGUGUUUUUUAAUUACACGUCAAUGUGAAUAUAAAUGAAUAAAACACACCAUACUGUG